AUAGUAUAAGGUUGUCAGUCCGUGACGGGGCACAUGUAUGGCCACCAUUCUUCCGAUAAGAGUAGGGAACCCAAAACACCACCACACGCCACACGCCACACGCCCAUAUAAUUCCUUUUUCCUUUUUUUAUUUCUAAUUUGUGAAUCUAAUACCAAAAAGUGGAAUUAAUGGCGGUUCUAAGUUUGGCAGCAAGUAAGUCACUGUUCCCGUCAUCAUGUUGGUCUGAGAGUCGCAGGAAUUUGCAUUCGCGCGGCGGCGUAGUGCGGUGUGGGAUAGCGGAGGCGUCGGGGCAGCCGGCGCCGAUGGGGCAGAAGACCAAGUACAAGGACGGGGUGUUUGAGAGGGUGUUCAUGAGCCUCUUCUCGCGGAAGAUGGAGAAAUUCGGGCGCGGCCGAGAACCGGAGAAGGGGCUCUUCGACUGCGACUACGACUCCUUUGUGGAAGUGUCUCGGAGUGUGAUGGAAGGAAGGACGCGUUUGCAGCAGCAGCAAGUUGUGAGGGAGGUGCUCCUCUCCAUGCUCCCUCCUGGCGCCCCUGCUCAAUUCAGAAAACUGUUUCCGCCGACGAGAUGGGCUGCAGAGUUCAAUGCGGCAUUAACCGUGCCUUUCUUCCACUGGUUGGUUGGCCCUUCUGAGGUUGUGGAGGUAGAAGUAAACGGAGUGAAGCAAAAGAGCGGUGUCCUCAUCAAGAAAUGCAGGUACUUGGAGAACAGUGGGUGCGUGGGAAUGUGCGUGAACAUGUGUAAAAUACCAACACAAGAUUUUUUCACCAACGAGUUUGGCCUUCCAUUGACCAUGAACCCAAAUUUUGAAGACAUGAGUUGUGAGAUGAUAUACGGACAAGUUCCACCACGCUUUGAGGAUGAUCCAGUAUCAAAACAACCUUGUUUACCCAAAUUUUGUAAGUUUUUUUCUUUAUAUCUUGGAUUCUAUAUAUAUAUAUAUAUAGAUAUGCUAAUAUGGUCAGCUUCUCGUAAUAUCAUAGUACCAAAUUUAGACCACAUAUUUUAUGUAUGUGACACACUAAAAACGUGACACGUUCCAAGACAAAAAAUCAAGGAGGGCUAUUAUUGUCGUCCCUUCAAAAUCACAUAACCCCGUGUCGGCAACAUCUGCGCGCCAUGGGUGAGCUCAUGCCGGCAACAUCGCCGAGCCCGUCCCAAGUGAUAAUGUUGGAGCAACUAAUUUCAUGUGCAUAUUUGUGUUACAAUGUAUGCAUAUUUGUAUUCAAUUAUAUAUAUGCAUAUUUUCAUUUAACAAUAUGCAUAUAUUUUUAAACACAACCCUCGAUGACGGCAUUGCCCGCGCCGAGUGGUGGUAUCGAAUAUGCAUAUUUGUGUUCAACAUUACGCAUAUACUCCCUCCGUCCCUAAAAAUUGUGGACCAAAAAAGAUGACACGAGUUUUAAGAAGAAAUGUGGUUGUUGGGUUUAAAUGGAGAUUGGGUACCACACUUUUUUGUGAAUAGUAAGAGGAAAAGUUUGUGGGGUCAUUUUCAAAUAAGAAAAGACCACAAUAUUAAUUUCAGGGACGUUUCAAUAUAGUAAUAAAGCCAUAAUUUUUAGGGACGGAGGGAGUAUUUGUUUAAUAAUAUAAAUAUAAAUAAUGCGUUAAAACAUUUAAUAAAAGGCAAAAAUCCAAAAAUCGUUAGAUUUUUAAGGUAGUAUAGUACCUCUCCGCAUUUUUUGUGCGGGAAGGGUUCUAUCACAUAUUGCGUUUUUAUGUGUACAGAUGAACAAAAUGUGUAGUCUAAAUUGGGUACUAUAUAUUACCUAAAGCUUGAAUAUUAUAUGAUCUCAUUCAUAUAUUCUAAUAUGAUGGAAUUUUACUGGUGUCAUGUUAAAAUAUAUGAGUGAAUAUCUACGCAAAAGAAUUUGAAAUAUAUAUACUAUCUAUAUCGGUUUAUUCUCUUAUCUUGCUAAUCAUAUACUUAUUUUAACCUUCAGGCUCCAUUGCAAACCCUAAUUCCAGUCUCUGUCCCAAACUAAAAGCAUGAUAUUUUGGUGGCAGCAACUAUUACAUUCUCCGAAGUAGCCAUUCUUUCAUCACAUAUUAUAUAAAUUUCAUGUGGUAUAUAUACACUCAAUAUUCCUUAACUAGUCUAUUGCUCUUGAAAUACCAGAUAAAAUAUUGUAUCUUUACUUUUCAAUAUUAGAUUAGUACGUGUAUAUUUGUGGACUCACUAUCGUAUAAUUAGUAGCACAAUUCAGAAAAUAAUUUUUUGACAUUA